CCAUGCUGAGAAAGGUUCUAUCCUCAAACCAGCAGUCCAGUGUUCUAAAAGGCUUAGGUCCCCAAUUAGUGAUUGAAUUUUUCAGAAUAAUCGAGUAGUGAUCUGAUAUAUUUCUAUCUCUGAUAUAUUGUGUGUUGCCCGACCAUUUAGAUAACCAAUAUGAUGAUAUGAGGAAUCUAUCCAGUUUGUUGCAAGCUAUCUCGUUGGGUCAAAACCAUGUAAAGGAUCUCCCCAUAGCUGGUAUGUCUAAUAGCUCCAUGUCUGCAAUAAAUUCAUUGAAAUGUUCCAUUUCCCCUGUUAUCGUACCAAUCCUCCCCUCUCCCUUCCUUUCGCUUUGAUUUCUACCAUUGUUGAAAUCACCAACCACACACCAAAUUGGCACUGGUGAUGACUUCUUUUUUCUUUUAAGUCAACCCACAACCUUUUUUUCCAACAGAGUACAUGGACAAUACACAUUGGUGAUUACCAUUGGUGUGUGACCUUCCUUCGAUACUCUUACCACACCUAGAAAGCCCUCCCCUGAAAACUUACUCUAAGUCUCAAAUACCUGCGAAUUCCACAGACAGAUUAAUCCUACAGUUGCCCCUUGUGCUGGUGAGUAUGUGUGUUCUACCUCUGAUUCACCCCACAAUAACUGGAACUGUAUUUCAGUUAUGCUUUCCAUCUUUGAUUCUUGAAUGCACAUAAACUGUAUUCCUUCCUUAAUGACAAAGUUCUUGAUUAUUCUCCACUUGAAGCAUUACCCCAAUCCCCUUACAUUAUAUGAUGCUAUUAUCAUUGAUUGACCCCAAACAUCCCUUCUUUGCCUCCCAUCCCUUGUUGAUCCCUAUCUUCCAUUUCUAACAAUUUCUAUAUGAUCUCCAUUUUGUUCCCUUCACAAGUUACUCCCACUAUCAUGCCUAGAUCCCAAAGUUCUCGCACCUCCACUUUGUUAUUUCAUAGCUAGAACAUCUUAUUGCAAUUUCGGAUACCUCCGUCAGACAAUGAGUUGCUCGAUGCAUGUGUAGUACUCCAAACUUCCUUCCCCGUUUGUGGUUUUUGUACUAAUCUCUCCAUCUGUUGAAAGCCACAUUCUUUUCUUAUGAUGUCAUUGACCGAACGAAUUUUGAGUUUGCUAGUGUUGCUUAUCCAUUGUUGCGUAGGUGUUGUCAACGCCUCUCUUCACUGGGCGAUCAGUUCUUCCCUAUCUAUUUUUGUAAUCAGAUUUAUCCCUACGCAUUCUAUUAGCCCUUUUCUCAAAGUAGAUUUGGGAUCCUUCAGCUCAAUUCCUUUACUGAUUAUAGUGGUGGAAUUGGAAAGCUCAACCCUAGCUUACAAUGUUGGAGUGUGGUCAGGGUCUACAAUUGAGUUCGUAGUCUCGUCCUCCAACUAUCAAAGAUUUUUGGCCUUUGUUGUGAUGGCUUGAUGAUUCGGCCCAUUCAAGAAUGCUUCUUUGUUUAGCAGUGGAACACCUCUUUCUAUUGGGCCUAUGGGCCCACUUUCAAAAACCUCCGUCUAUUAUCUCAUUUGUGUCGUCCCUGUGUAUUGCUUUAUCGUUUGUCCCAUUUUUUGAAUUUUUCAUGUCAUUGUCACCUUUCUGACCUACUAAAUCUGCUCUCCUUUCACUUGUUCCCUCUUCGUCAAUUGUUCCCUUUCUAACACCCCUAGUGUUGGUCUUUUACCUUUCUUGUGUUUAGUUGCUCCAUUUAUCCUAAUAAUCUGAUCAGUUGGUAUACCAACAUAGGCACUUUCAUCUACACCGCCGUCUAAUAGGUUGUUGUCCAAAUCUUUGGUGGCAUUGGACUAUGCUUUACCCUUUGGUUUACAACAUGGUUUUCUGACCUCCAAGUCUCGCUAGAUUUGUUUGAUCUUCUUGAGGUGGUUGUUGAACCGAUUCUUCCUUGAGUUCAUUUUGUAAUAGACCACCAUAUUUAGAGCAUUUUAAGCAAGAUGAGUGUAUAUCCAUUAUGAUGAUGCUUUUCUGACGAUGAUAGGGUCCCCCAUGAUGACUUAUCUUUCCAUUUCCAGCAGUUGCAUCGGCAUGUUUCCUUCUCCGUGUCUUUGAUUAUCCUGAUACUGCAUACCUGUUCAUUUUUUACUUCAUUGCACGAGUGAAUCUAUUCCGUUAACGAUGUGUUGAUAAGUACCCCCACCUCAUCUAGCCUGUUAAAGUUCCUUGUGUCAUCGUCCAAAGUGACCAACGUUCCUAUACCGGAUAAUGGUAUGAAUAUUAGGGAAAGCACCUUAGAAGAAUCUAUAACUCCUCGCGAUCACAUUGAAGAUUUCUCGUAUCAUUAAUGGAUCCUCUUAUGGGCCUGCAUAUGGGCCUGACCCAUCAAGGUUAGUAUAAAUAAGUAUGACCAGUGACAAAGAGAGGUACGUUUUGAUAAUUACCAAAUUGAGAAGCAUUGAUAUCUCUGAGACCGAGGACUGACUUAAGCAUUGGAGUGCCUUUUGCAAGUACCCCUCUCUUUCCCUAGGAUACCUCAUGGAAGACGAAGACCCAGCAGGAGUAGCAAAAUUAUCGGAGUACCCUCGUGCAGGUACAUUUUGGCGCCCACCGUGGGGCCCGUUGUGAAGGCCCGCAUUGUUUAUCUCUUUUGCAGGAAGAAGAUUUUGUAGAGGAUGGUCAUUACCAGGAACAACAACCACUCGGUUCAACCUGAACAGGACUCGGGGCUGGUUGCUGUGGAAGAUCAAAUUGAUCUCUCAAAAGCUGUGAAUAUGCUUCGUGAAGAAAUAGCAGCUGUCAAGAAAGCCCGAGAAAGAGACGCUCAGGAGCUUGAAGUACUCAGGAGAGAAAAUUCCGAGUUGAGAAGCUUGAACAGAACUUGGAACCCUACUGAACAACCCAACAAUGAGGCCUCCUCAUAUCACGUACCAACAACUCCAAAAACACACGUUCCUCUCAUGCAGUUAUCAACCAUUCCUGGGAAACCUCCCUCUCGGAUAGUGGCAACACCCGGCUCAUACAAGCACCCUUUCACUCAAAACAUUAUGGAGACAACCAUAUCUGAUAGUUGGAGAAACCUUCCUUUAGAGAAGUACGAUGGAUCCUCAGAUCUCGAUGACGACUUGAAUGCAUAUCUCACACAGGUUACCUUGCUGACAACAAAAGACGCUGCUUUGUGUCGCCUCUUCCCCACUUCACUAAAAGGACGAGCAUUGAGUUGGUUCAUUAAGCUUUCCCCCAGCUCCAUAAAUUCAUUUGAAGAACUAACAUCUUUAUUACAGUACAAUUUGCUACAAGCAGACCUUACCAACUGACAUCAUUGGCGUUGGCCAACAUCAGACAGGAAAAGAAGGAAUCCUUAAGGUCAUUUAUGGAUCGUUUUAACAAAAUCGCAAUGGAGAUAAAAAAACCUGAACCCAGCUGUCGCAAUGGAUAGGUUGAACACAGCGUUGAAACCCAGACCUUUUGUAGAUAGUUUAUGCAAAAAACCUCCGCUGGAUAUGAAUAACUUGAGGAGAAAGGCUGAAAAAUACAUGAAAAUGGAGGAAUUAACUUAAUCAAGAAAUCAAGCUAGAGCCGAGGCUAUGCCAAUUGAGAAGCAAGAAAGAAUCUAACGGAAGGAAAGCUCUCGGCCAAUUGAGAUGGACCAUACAGAAUUAAUCAAAACAUGCGAGCAUACAAGCUAGAAGAAUUAAAUGGAAAGUUAAUGCCAAGAACAUGGAAUACAACACAUUUGAAAGUGUAUUACAGUUGAAAAACAUUGUAAUUCGGUGUACUCUUUUCCUUGCUUAGCUUUUUAUCCCUAAAAGAACGUGAAAGGGUUUUUGCUAAGCAAUGUUUUUAACGAGAUACCCCAGUGAAUAAUAAUACAAGAAAU